AUGUCUGAAUUAAUUUCUUCUACAUACGGAAAGGGUAACGUCAAGUUCCUUAAAGUCAAGAAAUCCAAGCAAGAUCCUAAAGUUCAAGACGUCCUUGAAGCUAACGUCGAAGUUUUAUUGAGAGGAGCAUUCGAUGAGAGUUACACAAAGGCAGACAAUGCCUCAAUUGUCCCAACUGAUACCGUGAAAAAUACCAUUCUUAUUGAAGCCAAGACCACUGAUGUAUGGCCAAUUGAAAGAUUUGCUGCUCACUUAGCAAAGCAUUUCACUACCAAGUACUCUCAUGUAUCAGGGUUAGAGAUCACCAUAGUCCAAUCGAAAUGGUCUAAGUAUGAAGUGGAUGGAAAAUUACAUGCACACUCUUUCAAGCAUGAGGGGCCAGAAACUAGAAGAACUUACUUGAACUACGAGAAGAAGUCAGGUGACAUUACCUUAAGAUCUUCCAUUAAGGAUUUGAAGGUGUUAAAGUCCACUGGUUCCAUGUUCUAUGGUUUCCACCAAUGUGACUACACCAUCUUGAAGCCAACCACAGAUAGAAUUUUAUCUACAGACGUCGAUGCAACAUGGGAAUUUGAUUUGAAGAAAAUUGGUAAGGGAGACUUGGACAGUGUCAUAAAGGCUGCCAGCGAAGGUUUGUUUGAUUUCAGUUACGAUUCUGCACGCACGACUACCUUGAACUUGUUCGCUCUCGAAAACUCUCCUUCUGUGCAGGCCACCAUGUACAACAUGUCAGACGAAAUCUUGAAGAAGGUUCCACAAAUUAAGACAGUUACCUACGUCUUACCAAAUAAUCACUAUAUCUUAUUCAAUUUUGAGUGGAAGGGUAUCAAGGAAAACGAUGAUUUGUUUUACCCAGCAUCCGAUCCAAAUGGUAAGAUCAAGUGUACAGUUGGAAGAAAGUCAGCCAAGUUGUAA